AUGCUUUGGGACGUUCUUAACUUCGCUGCAACGCUUGGAAUUGCUUACUAUGCUUAUGACAACUACGUUGCCAAGGUGAAGCUUGAGAAAGUGAUCAAGCAGACCACCGCCAUCAACACCAAAGCCAUGCAACAGCAACAACAGCUUUUCGCCAAUGCCCGUCAGAAACACCUUCAAGACAUGAUGAAAGUAGCUAGAGCGCUGCACAGGGCCACGUUCAAGAUGGGUGUCCAUAUCGCCAUGCUCAGGAAGCAACUCAUUGACGCUGGGGUUGAGCCUGUGGAGGCCGACAAAGCUUUGGAAGAAUACCGUCAAUCGGUUCAGGCCAAGAGUGCCAAUGGCGUGGAAUACUUGUGGCUUGAUAGCUCUUCGCCGUACAAGAGUCUCAUGCCACAUGUUCGGGACUACAGAGGUGGGACUGCUCUUGAAAAAGAGGACCCAACAGAGUAG